AUGUCUGACGACGAAUACUACUACGACGACGAUGACGAUUGGUACUGGUACGAGGAUGACUGCAUGGGUCUUGGAGUAAGCUUUUACAAUAUGCUUUAUCGUGAUAUGUUUCUAACUCUAGUCUUCCUCUCCCAACAGGAUGAAUUGGCUGAAACCGCGGUGCAUUCUCCCAUCAUGGUUGAAGAUCCAUCCCUUGAAACCGUUGAUACCUACAGCGACUGGGAAUACUAUUCCGAUGACUAUUACGACGACGACCCAACGAUAAUUACGAAGCAGAAAAGCGAAGGGGGAGGGGAGUCACACAAGAAGAAGCGAAAACUUUCUACACUCGAAAAUAUACCUAGCCUGUCGCUUGGCUCUUCUGUCGUCGAUUAUCCUACCGCUAUGACGAGUUCCUUCAAGGGCGUGCUGUGGAGACUUCCAAUUAAGGAAGAUGAGAAGGUUGAGUUGUACGAGCCCGGCAAAGGAGAGAAGGUUGCUCUACUGAGUAAUUGGAGAGAGGUCUUCAAAGCUCCGCGCUAUCGGAAAGAUUGGUUUGCCAAUGGCCCCAAAACAAAUGGACACGAAAAUGAAUCGCAGCGAGUCGAUAAACAAGAUGCCAGUGUUCUCCUUGCAUCUACAGGGGAAAGUCCAGAAUUUGGUGAGCGCAACACGAAUGUGGAAUUUUCCAGAUAUUCCCCGCCACCCGAUGCAAUUGAGAAUAUGGACGAGUCUAUCAGUCGUCAAAGAGUGAAACACUCUCAGCCCGAUUUAACAACAAAAACAACAUCUCAUCCUCUUGCAGAAACCAUGUUUAUUGCUGAUAGCGAGGAAGAAAUCGACGAGGAAGUUCCGAGUCCUGUCGCAGUCGCUAAGGUAGAUGUCGCAGACGAAGAAGAUAAGGAGAAUGCGAGCACACCAGAGAAAGAGAAACAACACCCUGGUAAAAUGUCCAUUAGGGUCGAGAUUCCAACUCUGGCAGCCGCCCUGAAGCGAGACUCAGCCAACAAGAGCACGCCACCUUGUAAAAGAGGUCGCAAACCGAAGAGUUCUUCGACGACUGCAGCAACAAAACCUAACGCAACUAAUGACAGGAGGAAUAAACGCGAGGUAAAACACGAACAGCCGGCGUCCAAACCUGCACAGAUGCCCGCUAAGAAUGGGCAUAGCACUGCAAUCAAGAAGAGAAAGAAGCACUCAGACCUUGAAGAACUAGAACAAGACGACAGCAGCAACAAAAGACGCUCUAAGCGGGUCGCUUCAUCUGCUACUAAUAAUAAUGAUAAAAAAGCAGCACAAGCUGAAUUGGACAAGAAACGUACGCGUACGGCUUCGUCGACUUCUUCGAUGGAAGGAUGCGGGAAAAGAAGGAAGGUUUAG